AGCAAGUAGCUGGCAGGCUGAGGCAACCCAGUCAAACCCACAAGUCUUGACCCAAUUGAGCUUUCCACGGUCAAACAUUUCUUCACCUUCCUAGAAGCACCUUCCAAGACUUUUUUCUGGUGAUUUCAAGCUUUGCCACAAAAUCUUGCACCAAUUCCCUCCUAUAUUAUCACUAUUAACUUCUGUCUCCUCUCCUUAUAUCAUGCCACACACCACUUUCUGUUUUUCCAAUACAAACUAAAAACCUACCAACCUUUUCUUCCCUCAAGAACAUAUCUUUCACUCACCUUCUUUCCAACAAUUGUAACAAACAACAAUACUAUAGUAAAAUGACCAUGGGUGAUCAUAAUAGUAACUGGGGAACUUCUGAAUUUAAUCAUCAUCAACUUGGACUUGAUGUUCCAAAAUUCAAGUCUGCUCAACCUCCUUCUCUACCUCUCUCUCCCUCUCCCCCUUCCCCUUCUUCUUACUUGCCUUUUUCAUCUGCUUUCAGCCCAUCUGAGUUCUUCAACUCUUCUUUGUUUUUGCCUUCUCCAAAUAUUUUUGCAUCUCCUACUACUGAGGCUUUGGCUGCGCAGACCUUCAACUGGAGGAACGGUUCAGGAGAAGAAGAACAACAACGUGACAAAGAGGAUGAGAAAAACUACUCGGACUUCUCUUUCCAAACCCAAAUUCAAUCUUCCUCAGGCAUGCUUCAAGUGCAGGAACCUCUUAAGAAGCAAGAUAUGUGGAAAUUCAAUGAACCUUCAAAGCAAACUGAUUAUUCAUCUGAGAGGACAGCAACAAAAUCUGAAUACCCUCCGAUUCAGAGCUUUUCCGCAGAAAUGGCAUCGCACAAAUCAGAAUUACAAAGCAAUUCAGUUCCUGGGUCUGGUCGUUUUAAUUACGCCAAUGCAUCUCAGUCUGUUAGAGAACAAAAGAGAUCGGAAGACGGAUUCAACUGGAGAAAAUAUGGACAGAAACAAGUGAAAGGGAGUGAAAAUCCUCGUAGUUAUUACAAAUGCACACAUCCAAAUUGCUCUGUGAAGAAGAAAGUUGAGAAGUCUUUGGAUGGCCAAAUUACUGAAAUAGUGUACAAGGGCCAUCAUAACCACCCAAAACCACAGUCUACUAGAAGAACAAGCUCUCAAUCAAUUCAUCAACCUUCUUCAUCUUGCACAAACUCUGGGAUUUCUGAUCAAUCAGUGGUGACCCUAGGCAAUCCACAAAUGGAUCAUUUCUCCAUGAAGGAAGAUUCUUCAGCUUCUGUAGGAGAGGAGGAGUUUGAACAAACAUCCCAAACCAGUUAUUCUGGGGGAGAUGAAGAUAACCUUGGACCAGAGGCAAAAAGAUGGAAAGGAGAUAAUGAAAAUGAUGACUAUUCCGCCUCAGGGAGUAGAACUGUGAGAGAGCCUAGAGUUGUAGUUCAAACCACAAGCGAAAUUGAUAUACUUGAUGAUGGCUUUAGGUGGAGGAAAUAUGGACAGAAAGUAGUGAAAGGAAAUCCAAAUGCAAGGAGCUAUUACAAAUGCACUGCCCCUGGUUGUUCAGUGAGAAAACAUGUUGAGAGAGCUGCGCAUGAUAUCAAAGCUGUGAUCACAACCUAUGAAGGGAAACACAACCAUGAUGUGCCUGCUGCACGUGGUAGCGCAAGUUAUAACAUGAACAGAAAUCCUGUGAACAGCAGCAUAUCGGCUCCUAUAAGACCCUCUGCAGUGAACUGUUAUUCCAGCUCAUCAGGUUUCAAAAAUUCUCUCUACAAUAAUACCAAACUUCCAGCAACCAGAAAUCAGGAAUCUUUUGCACUGGACAAGUUCCAGAACCCUGGAAAUUUUGGCCAAUCGGCUCUCAACAAAUCAAUGAGUUCAUACACGGAUCAUGCACCGUACUCACAUGCUACAUACUCAAAUGCCAAGGAUGAGAGAAAGGAUGACUCCUUCCUUCAGUCAUUUCUGUCAAAGGACUUCUGAAUUUUGCCCUACUUAUUAAUAUUAUCCUGGAUAUGUUAUUGUAUAGCAUGUAGGAUUUUAGUUACUCAUCACAGCAGAAUAUGGACAAAGAAUUCCCAAUUGUUUUCUUGGUUACCUCAUUUAGAUUAGUGAGUGGAACUACAGCCAUAGUGACAGCAAAUUGUUGCUAUACUACCUGUCUACCAAGUUCAUCUCCCAAUAGAAACUUUGAUCUUUAUCAUAUGAUUUGACGAAUGAAUUCUAU